UCGCAAAAAAGUUUUUAAAAGUUUGAACAGAGAUUGGAAGAUCUCAAGUGUGUUGCAGAGAUGCUCCACUGGCAGCUUCUAUCCUUAAAGAGGGUUCUCCUUCAAGCUGAAAUACUAUGCUGUCUUCAGUCAAGGAUCAUCCUCCCUUAAUGUAUUCUGGAGGUUUUAAGGAAUUUGAACUGGCAUUGACCUAUUGAAGUCCUUUGCACUGUAUUGGCCUACUAAGAUGCUUUGGUCUUAUUGCCACAUGUACAGUGUUUCAGUAUGACUGGACAUUACAGUAUUCUGCAGCUCAAAGUAAAUCAGAGAAACAACUUUACUCAAGGAAUAAAAGAACAGAUAUUUAGUACCAGAAUUGCAAGAAGCAUAAGUGAAGAAAGGAUGGGACAUAUGGACGACUUGACAACUUUUGGAUAAAUAUUUGGAGAAGACAUAAUAAACUUAUAAAUUAAAGGAUCUGAUGUGUGUGAACUAAUUAAAUGUGUAAUUGUAGAAGCAGGUUUUGACGGCUCUUUGCAGGAUUAUGUAAUUAACUUAAACAUUUUCCACAUCUACUGCACUGCACUGCUCUUUGAUAAAGUGCAGCUUAGUUGCUGCAACCCAGCAUAGGCAGAGGUGUACCAAACAAGUUUUCAGUAUUACUAUGAGUGUGAAACAAGGUUAUCAAAUACAUGUAAGGACUGAUUUCCAAUGAACAUUGAACAAAAAGAAUCAUAAAAAGUUUUCUACAUUAUUGUUUUCUCCGUAAAGUCACCACUACAGUAAUCAUGAGUGGUUUUGGAGCCGCAGAUUAUGUUGUGUUUGUUCUGGUGCUGUUAAUCUCAGCAAGCAUAGGGAUUGUGUAUGCUUUUAUUGGAGGAAAGCAAAAAACAACUCAAGAAUAUUUACUUGCUAAUCGACAAAUGCAGGUGCUACCAGUGGCGCUAUCUUUACUAGCCAGCUUCAUGUCUGCUAUCACGCUACUAGGGACGCCAUCAGAAGUCUACACAUAUGGAACACAGUAUAUGAUCAUUGGGCUGAGCUACUUCCUUGUGAUCCCUGGUGCUGCACAUAUUUACAUCCCAAUCUUCUAUAACCUUGGCCUAACUUCAGCUUAUGAGUACCUGGAGUUGAGGUUUAGUAAAGGUGUGCGACUUGCAGGAUCUAUGACAUUCUCCUUGCAAAUGAUUCUGUAUAUGUCAGUUGUCCUUUAUGCCCCAUCUCUGGCACUUAAUGCAGUAACGGGAAUAAAUGUUUGGGCCUCUGUCAUAUCAGUGGGGAGUGUUUGUAUAUUCUACACAACACUGGGUGGUAUGAAGGCUGUUAUGUGGACUGAUGUGUUCCAAGUGUGUAUGAUGUUUGCUGGACUCUUUGCUGUGUUAAUCAGAGGGACAAUAGAGGAAGGAGGCUGGAGUAGGGUAUGGGAGAUUGCACAACAAGGGGAACGCAUAGAGUUCUUCAAUUUUGACCCAAAUCCUGGUGUACGGCAUACAUUCUGGUCACUUGCCAUUGGUGGCUACUUCACAUGGGUUGCCAUAUAUGGAAUAAACCAAGCAAUGGUGCAGCGUGCGAUAUCAACCCCAACUCUACGUACUGCUCAAAUAGCACUAUGGAUCAACCUCCCUGGACUCCUCGGCCUGAUGAUAAUCUGUUCCCUUUGUGGACUCCUCAUUUAUUCCCGUUUUCAAGACUGCCACCCAAUUGGACGGGAAAUAAUGGCUGCAGAUCAGCUUUUACCACUGUAUGUGAUGAAGAUCUCCACCUGGUUGCCAGGGCUACCUGGAUUGUUUGUGGCGUGUCUCUUCAGCGGAGCACUAAGCACUGUUUCUUCAGGUCUUAAUUCCCUCUCAGCUGUAGCUUUAACUGAUCUCAUCCGUGCAUACUGGUUCAAAGACAUGACAGAAGCAAGGGCAACACUAGUUGGGAAAAUAGUUGUUAUCACAUAUGGUUUAGUGAUGAUAGCAUUAACAUUUGUGGCUUCACAGCUUGGAGGAGUAUUACAGGCUGCCCUUGCAUUGUUUGGUAUGAUUGGGGGUCCUCUCUUGGGACUUUUCUCAUUGGGGAUGUUUUUCCCUUGGGCUAACUGGAAGGGAGCAUAUGCAGGUCUAUUCACUGGGUUGUUUCUCUCAUUCUGGAUAGGUAUAGGCGCACAAGUUGACAAGCCUGUCAUCCCUAAACUGCCAGUCUCAACCACUGGUUGUCCAGUGUUGAAUGCAACAUCACUUAGUACCAAUAUGAGUGUAUUAGCAACUGCAUCUGAUGAUUUCAUAGAGUCUACAGGUCCCAAGAUAAGUGAUCUCUACACACUGUCCUACAUGUGGUACAGUGGUAAUGCUGUUAUAACUGUUGUGGUGGUGGGGAUAAUUGUAAGCCUUAUAACAGGUAGGACUGACCCUAGCACUGUAGAUCCUAGGCUAAUCUUUUCUGUUGGAGACAAGUUGUUCUGGUUUCUUCCAGAAACUAUGAAACACAAGCUUCGCUUUGGAGUUCCAAAGCUAGAGCCGAAUGACAUUAAUGACAUGAAAAAGAUUGACCAACCUAGUGCCAAUGGUGCUGAAAAUGAGGCCUUAUUUGGUAGUGAAACACAGUCAGGUUUACCCAACCAUAAAACCAGCCAAGACAAUGUCAGUCAUAUAUCAGCAUCAUCUAGCCACUCUCUACAAUUAGAAACUAGUAUGUAACUGAUAUUAUGAAUAAGAGGCUAGUAUGUAACUGAAAUUAUGAA